GUCUCGUAGUCCCUCCUCAAGACAGCCCAGGCACAGGUGGUUUCCUGCACUCCUAUCCUCUACAUUUCACUCUUCAACUUCAACGAUAACCACAUCUGUAUCUGCAAACUCACUCAGUAACAAGCAUGGAAAGUGGCAUGAAAUUGAGCAGCACUAGCAGUGUGGUGCACUGGCUAGCCAGCCUGACCCUGACCCUGCUUGGGAGUGUCCACCCCAUGCCUGUGACCAUAGACCCGGUGUGCAUGGCAGACACCACUGCUAAGUACAGCCUGACAUUUACAGGGAUGUGGAGCCAAACCUCCUUCCCCAAGCAGUACCCAAUCUACCGCCCCCCUGCCCAGUGGUCCCCUCUCAUUGGGGUGACCCACAGUUCAGACUAUCAUAUCUGGCAGCGGAAUGCGUUUGCAAGCAACGGGGUGAGGGAGUUUUCUGAGAAGGGCGAGGCCUGGACUCUGAUGAAGGAGGUGGAGGCGGCUGGGGAACGCAUCCAGAGUGUCUAUGGGCUGUUCUCCGCUCCAGCUGUGGUCGGGGGAACGGGCCAGAUGACCUCAGAGUUCGAGGUCUUUGCAAGGCACUCUUUCCUAUCCUUCCUAGUGAGGAUAGUUCCCAGCCCAGACUGGUUCCUGGGAGUGGACAGCUUUAACCUGUGUGAGGGAGACCAGUGGAAGGAAAGCAUCACACUGGAGCUGUACCCCUACGAUGCAGGCACUGACAGCGGCUUCACCUUCUCCUCUCCCAACUUUGAGACCAUUCCUCAGGACAAAGUCACACAGAUAACGUCAUCUUCUCCAAGCCAUCCUGCCAACUCCUUCUACUAUCCCCGUCUGAAGAAUCUGCCACCCAUGGGCAAGGUCACCCUGACAAAGACCAAAAACAACCAGAUCUUCAGCAUACCUAUGGAGCCCACCCAGUUCAACCAGACUGCCAAUGAGAUUGGCAAUGAGAUUGAGGACUCUCUUAUAAGUAAGCAAGAAACAUAUUCCACCCCUCUGGACUGUGAGGUGUCUGUAUGGUCACCCUGGGGCCUGUGCAAAGGCAAAUGCGGAGACUCAGGGGUGCGCCACAGAACGCGCUACAUCCACCUACAACCAGCCAACAAUGGGGUAGUCUGCCCCCCACUGGAAGAGGAGAACAAAUGCAUCCCUGACAACUGCUUAUGACUGGCUGGCAAGGGUAAGAAACAGAAAAUAAGAGGCCAUGCAAGACGACAAAGAGUACGAAAGAUGCGUCCGUCAUCUCCACUGGAGAAGUCCAAGCUGUAGAAAUUCACCCUUUUCUCGCUGGGCUUCCUAGCCUAUUCACUGGGAAAAGUGCAGGCUGGUGAGGGGAGGACGGUUCAUAGUAAUGGCUGGAAUGGAAUAGAUGGAACAGUAUCUAACCAUUAGAAACAUGUGUUUAAUGCCGUUCCAUUAAUUCCACUCCAGCCAUUACUAUGAGCCCGUCCUUCAAUUGAAAGUGGCACCAGCCACCACUGACUGGGAAAGAUUUAUAAAUGGGUCAUAGACAGGCAAUUAUUGUGUAGCCAGAGGAAUGAAGAGGUUGUCUUGAAACUUUGCCCAUAGUUCUUCCUUGUGAUGAAUGUUCCCUACGUCAUUGGGUUUUCUGAGGUAGCUAGCCAUGAGUCUGAAAAAUAAUUAUUACAUUCAAAUCUGGACCUGGAAGCCAGUUCCACUGUUCUUCUUCUUCUUCUUCUUCUUCUUCUUCUUCUUCUUCUUCUUCUUCUUCUUCUUC